AAAUAUCGGCAAAAUGAAAGAGAGUGAUGAAAGAUCAGAAAUCGAGUUGGUUAUCUCCAAGAAUAACCCAAAAGACAAAUUUGAGGAUUUCUCAGACAUUUUUGUGCACAAAUUCAUCAGACCAAGUGUAAGAUAUGCUCAGCCACGAGUAACCAAAGGAUCUGCUAAGAUUUCUCUAAACACACUUUCAUCAUCAAUGAGUACUGCUGAAGACACGGAUAGUUUCCUAGCCUCAACAAAAUCAAGAACCAUAGAGGAAAGAAAGGAAGAAAUUCAAACAAAUGAAGCCAUUAUUGAGGCUCUUUCCAUGAGACUGUUUCUCAAAGGAGUGCCUUUAGGAGUGAGAACAGCUCCUAAAAAGUCUGCUGAGCCAGCCUCAGAGAGGAAAUUUAUUAAAAAGAUUCAAACUCGCAAGGCGAGUUUGAAUAAAAGAGUUCUUAAGAAAGAACCAGAGGUUGUUCGAACUAAAAAUGAUUAUAACUCUUCACAAAAUUCUGAUAUUUCUCAGAAUGCUCCUUCUUCUCCAGGAAUGAGCAGCACCCUUAGGCACAGAAGGAUUGUGAGGAAGCUGGAAGAUUCUGAAGACUCAGAACCUACAGGAUCUACUCGUCUAUGCUAUCAGAAGGAUGAGCACGGGGUCACGAAGGGGGUCAAAAUUAAAAAGAAAAGUAAGAGAGGCAGACCAGAAAAGAUUAUUGACUAUAGCGACCAAGAGCUAGUGGAUAUUCUUAAGGUACAUAUAUGCUCCAACGCAGCUAUCAUUUGUGAAGAUAGCAGAUAUGAGUUCAGAGCUGAUACCUUGAGAGUACGGCUCAUGAGGCUUGCCAAGAAAAUCCCUCUAUUUUUGUUACAUAAGCUUCAUAGUAAAUCCAAAUAUAAGAGUACUUCAGUUGAGCAUUUUAAAACAUCAUUCUUGAAUACUUUUGUGAGAUUCUUCAGGAUUGUGGAGUUCCUCGGAAUAGAACACAGCAUUGAGUGGGAUGAGUUCAACAAGAGGAAGCAAGACCCCCCUGAAUUCGAUCAAUUUUGCUCAUUACAUUUCCCAAGAAGCAAAUGUGAACAACUGUUCAAGGCUCAGAGAUCAAACCCUGCUAUGAACAAGUGGCUGUCACAAAGGACAAAGACUAGUUUAAAGGCAUUUAUUGAGUUUGGAAAGAUAAACAGAGUCUUCUUCUCUUGCAUCAAAGUAAUGUACGUAGUAGGCAAAGAUUCGUUCAGUCAGAAGGCUUGAUCAAUCAUUGAGAAUUUCCUCAAAGCUGAGAUAGACUUGUAUCCAGAUAAUUACUACCCACCUGAAAUAAUUAGUGCGGCUAGAUAAAAAGCAAUCCU